UGUUUACAUUUGUCACAUCUCAUUUCCUACUGAAGUAAUGCUUCCAAAUUCCUGGUGAUUAAUCCUAAGUGAUGGAGCCAAGGGUCGCUGGUAAGCCGGAUACCAUUAUGAUCCAGCUGGUGUCCCAGCAGCCGAGCUCCAGUGGCCAGAUGCAGGCCAUGCCCAUUUCGGUGCAAGCGAUUCCCCUGUUUCCUGGGCCCAGAAUGACCAGGGAGCCACCAUGUCGACCGGUGGCCAUUCCCCCAAACAUGAGAUCUCCAGCGGAAGGUCUUCCGCGAAUGCAUUCCAGAAUUCGGCCAGAGAUGUGCGCCCCUCCCAAGCGGAAACCUAACCAAAACCAAUUUAGCUACUCAGGUCAUAGGUAUUCCUCCAGUCGCAAUAGCCAACCACCACCAGUGUGCUAUGUUCUCCGGCCAGAGGACAGGAUGUUACCCAUCUAUAUUCCAACGCCUACAGCUGCCAGCAAUUGUUUCAAUAGUCAGCGAGGUGAUCGAAUGGAAACGAAGUGUCCUUGCUGUGGUAGAUCAUUGGCUCCGGAGAAGGAUGAUCAUAUGAAAGAAUUCCCUAAUCGACGGGAUCAGGGCACCAAUACCAAUCUCAAUGAACAGCACGAUCUGGGCGAUCUAAAGAUGAUAUGCGAAACCUUGGGUCGUGCAAUGGUUUCAGCAGCCGUAGAAGCUGUCCAAAAAUUCCAACCAGCAGAAUCCUUAAGCGGCUUUGAUACUGACUCAAAAGAUCCAAUAAAUAUAAUUCUUAAAAUAAUAUCCCAGUUGAGCAGCCUGGAUCAUAUAAAAUCCGAUCCAAUAUCAGAGGCGCCAAGGAUCUCGGAUGAUCUAUCAUUCGAUAGCAAGCGAAAGGCAAGCUUUUCGCAAACGGUUCGAUUGUCAACUGUGAUCCUACCUGAUUCAAGUGUUGAUGAUAUGCCAACAGAUGUGACAGUUGAGCUGCCUUUACCACAAUACGAUGAUGAUUUUCCCGUCGAAUAUCCCAAAACACCUGGACCAUCACCGGAAUUGGCACGCGGAUCUAGAGACAGUCCGAAUAUAAUAUCGCCACAGAGUUCUCGACUCAUUUCCGGUACCUUGUCAAAUGAAGAGAUUUCUAUGAAAAACAGCAAGAUAAUCGAAAUGAGCAGCGGUCUUCUCGCAAGAAAAUCUCCUCCAAGAUUCUCUACCCGCAAAUCUUGGACCAGCAAGCAAGCCUCUUCUCUAAUUGCAAUCAAUGGCUACCAGUGUCCCUGUGUUAGGAGAAGGUUACCCAAGGAAUCAAUCCCCCCUCCAGUUAAAAAUAAAAAAUCUUCUGCUUCAAAGUCCCAGAAAGAAAAACAUCCUGUCGAAAAACAUUCAAAUCAUCCAAGUGAAUCUACUCUGUAAUCCCUUAAACCUUUAACCAAAUGCCGACCCUUAUUUGUUUAGCUAAAUUUAAAGUCUUCGAUCCAAGCCUGUUUUUAUAUUAACCAAGUAUUGCUACAACCAAAUAAAAAUUAUAAUAGG